UGUUUUUAAAUUAUAUCGUAGUGGUAACAAAUACUGUGGCUUACCAGACUUAAAAACACCUCACAGUAUGAAAAAAAAAACAUCCCAUAAUGUGUCGGCAUACCGUUGUUAUCAGAAAGGAAAUCAUUAUCAGUUGAAAACCGAAAAGGAACGUGUUAUUUUCUGACAGGGCUGCCUUAAGCACAAUAAAGAUGCAGAAGUUGUGACCCACACAAUUGAUUGAACUCAAGUGGUUUCCUAAAACGGUUUAAACGGAUAUCCUGGUCAUAUUGAACUCACACUGCAAGAACCAGGGGAAAUGAGUCUGAAGAAAGAUUGACAAAAAGGAAACCUACCACUCAGCUUAACAGGACAACCUUUUCACUUCCUUAAAGAGAAAAAUAAAUAAAUAAAAGCACAAUGGAACUUCAGAAACUAACAAACGGUCACCACCAAGACUUUCAACAGCUUGAAGAGGGAGAGUCAACUGAACAGGAGGAGUUUUUACCACACAAGAGUGAUGGCGGAAAACCACCUCAGUUUACAGAUUUUGAAGGAAAGACCUCAUUUGGAAUGUCUGUCUUCAACCUCAGCAAUGCCAUCAUGGGCAGUGGGAUUCUGGGGCUGUCCUAUGCCAUGUCCAACACUGGUAUCGUCCUUUUCUUGAUCUUGUUGACGUCCAUUGCUGUCCUGUCAUCAUACUCUGUCCAUCUUCUCCUGAAGUGUGCAGGGGUUGUGGGGAUUCGUGCUUAUGAACAACUUGGCAAGCGUGCAUUUGGACACCCAGGAAAAAUACUGGCAGCUGUUGUCAUAACCAUACACAACAUUGGUGCAAUGUCUAGCUACCUCUUCAUUGUGAAAUAUGAGUUACCUCUAGUCAUUCAAGCUUUCCUUGGUCUUCAACACAGCAGUGGUGAAUGGUUCCAGAACGGCAACUAUCUGAUCGUCAUUGUGUCCAUAUGUGUCAUUUUGCCACUUGCUCUGAUGAAACAACUUGGGUACCUGGGCUACACCAGUGGGUUCUCUCUGUCGUGUAUGGUCUUCUUUCUGAUUUCAGUCAUCUAUAAAAAGUUUAACAUCCCCUGUCCUUACGACGGUUUCACAAACCACACUGCAGUAAACAUAUCUAUGGAAGACGAAUGUGAAGCCAAAUACUUCACCAUCAACCAGCAGACGGCCUACACUGUUCCAAUUUUGGCUUUUGCUUUUGUCUGCCACCCUGAGGUGCUGCCCAUCUACACUGAACUGCGCAAUCCCACAAAGAGACGCAUGCAGGCCAUUGCCAACGUGUCCAUCCUGGGGAUGUUUGUCAUGUAUCUGCUCACUGCCAUCUUUGGCUACCUCACCUUUUAUUUGAACACAGAGGCAGAACUUCUGCACACCUACAGCAAGGUGGAUCCCCUGGACAUUCUCAUUCUUUGUGUGCGUCUGGCAGUGCUGGUGGCCGUCACUUUAACUGUUCCUGUUGUUCUCUUCCCGAUUCGCAGAGCUAUUCUUCAGCUUCUGUUCCCUGAUAAGCCCUUCCACUGGGUGCGUCACGUCCUCAUUGCAUUGUGUCUGCUUUUUGUUGUGAACCUGCUCGUCAUCUUCGUGCCCAAUAUUCGUGACAUCUUCGGCAUCAUUGGUGCAACCUCUGCUCCGAGCCUGAUCUUCAUCCUUCCGGGUCUGUUCUACAUCCGUAUCGUUUCCACAGAGCAGGAGCCAAUGAAUUCAAGGCCAAAGAUUCAAGCUGCUUGUUUUACCGCUCUGGGCUUCAUCUUCAUGUCCAUGAGCUUGACGUUCAUCGUCCUGGACUGGAUCUAUGGGGAGAACCGAAGUGGAGGAGGCCACUAAUCUUCAACCGCAAGAUUGUAAGGGUCCGAACAGCCUGCUUAGAAGAACACCACCUCCCCUUCGCUCCUGAACAUGAGAGAAGGCCAUCACUGACAGGCUGGACCCAUCUCACCUCAGAUGUUUUGUCCCACUGAGUUAAGAAAGAUUAGGUGGAGGAUUUCCAGGGGAUGUGGCAUGUCAUGCCAUUUUGAGGCUGUUUCAGACUGUGAUCCGGCACACAGUCGUUUCUCCUACAAUGCUUCUAAUUGAUAACUGAUGUUUGUGUUGUUGAUGGAAGCCAACCAAACUCUUUAAAAUUGUGUUGAACAACAGGCAUAACAUAAGGCAGAAUCCAAAGUAAAUUAAUGGAGAGGUUUAAGGUAUUAUCUGAUGGAGACUAUAGGAAAUAAGUUCUUCACUACAUCACUACCCAAACUUACUAUCAUCUGUUGCCCAUAUCAAACCACAGGCAAUGGUCCCAGAGUCCAAAACCAAGGAAAUUGAAACUGCAACAUGUUUUCAUGCAACAAUUCUGGUCCACCACAAUACGAUGUGAUUCAGAAAAACUAGGAAGAUAAUUAGGAAAAGAUUCACCAUCUCAGAGUAGCUUUAAUAAAAGCUACAAGCCUGAAAUGAAUCAGUAAGCUUUUAUAUCCAAUAUUCAAACUGCUGCUUAUGAAAUUGAUAAAAAAAUUGUUUUAGUCGACUUAAAACUUGGUCCUAAAAUAUUGUGCGAUAUCACCAACAUCAUUGUGAAUUGUUAAAACAGAAAAUCAGCUUUAUACUCAGAUUUGUUUCGUCUGAAGUUUUUAUUUAGUUAAAUGUGAGGUACGUGGAGUUGUAGGUCGGAUAAAUUACUAUGUGUGGAGAAAAACUCUACUUGAUGAGGUGCUUCAUUACAAUGCUGUGAUUCUCAAAGACGUCCAGUGCAGACACUGUGAAUUAAUGUGAUUUUUCCUAUCACAGUCUGGGGUCACAUGUAUCAUAUUUUCACUGGCUGACAUGAUACAAUUUAUUUAUACUUUUACUGAACAUUUGAUGACAUACAAAAUAUACCCCAAGAAAGUAAUAAUUUUGGGGUAAAAAACUAACAACAAGAACUACUUAACUUAGAAAUAAAACCAAAAACAUUACCUGCAGACAUUUAUAAAGAGUUAAGUAUUUGUUUUAAAACUAUCAUGUAUAUUAAAAUUUGAACCAUGCAUUAAAGUUAAAAAUUAAAUGGCUGUACAUGUCAUUACAGUAAAUAACAGCUUUUUCCUCGUGGUCUUAUGUAGACAGCUCAGGCCAUUGCUAAUAGUAUAACAUAAUGGCAGCCCCCCCAUUUACAGAUUUUUUUAAUGUAUAUUUAUUUUGUUUCAUGAAAAUGCACAGUAUUUAAAUGACUUUGUGUAGUAAAGGUGCCAAAGAUUUACAGUUUAUGUGAGAAUCCAAAGACAGUCAGCGGUUGAAUAAGUUAUUUUCUGCUGCUUUUACAUUUGUCCUUUGGGUUACUUGACCUUUGACUUUGUACCUGUCAUUUUCAAUAAAGAUAGUACAGUCAGUAUUAAA